AUGGCUGAUGGAAAUAAAUGUAAGAAUUGUAAAGAGAAUGACUCACAGCCUUUGUCCAAACCGUCUUUCACCUCAGAUGCUUAUCCUUCUUCACAGCGGGAUUGCCGUUAUACUACUUUAAGUCAAGAAGAUGUUGACUACUUCAAAAGCGUCCUUGCAAAGGAUGGAGGAUCCAUUGUUACCGACCUUGAUGAAUCUAGCGAUCCUUCUGAAUUCGAUGCUUUCAAAUUGACUGGACCAAAAAUUACCGAGGAAAGUUACGGCUAG